AUGUCAACUCCGACGUACGCCCAAGAUCAACCCGCCGGCUUCACCAACCGCAUCGAACGAGUUGCAAUUGUUGGAGCAGGAGGAAAAAUCGGAAAGCCCAUCACCGAUGCCCUGGUUGCAGCGGGAAAGCACACUGUCACAGUCCUCACUCGAGAGGACAGUCAAAAUGAGCUUCCCAGCGGAGUAAACGUUGCACGAGUCAACUAUGAGAAUGAUGAGUCCGUCAUUGCUGCUCUGAGAGGCCAGCAGUUUCUCAUCAUUGUCAUGGCAGCUACCGCUCCCCCCGGAAGCCAGGAGAAGAUCAUUGCUGCUGCUGCCAAGGCAGGUGUGCCAUGGGUCAUGCCUAGCGCAUACGGUUCUGACAUCUACAACGAGUCGCUAGGCAAGGAAACCAUGCUGGGUCCAGGAAUACAGUCAAGCAUCAAAGCCGUCGAGGAUGGGGGCGUUUCGUCUUGGAUUGCCCUGACAUGCGGGACUUGGUAUGAGUUCUCAUUGGCCAUGGGCCCCUGGUGGUUCGGGAUUGAUUUUGCCAAUAAGAAGGUUGAGCAGUGUGAUGAUGGAAACACACUUAUCAACACGUCUACAUGGGAACAGUGUGGCCGUGCCAUUGCCAAUCUCCUCAAUCUUAAGGAGCUACCUGACGAUGAAGAGGACACAUCUCCCUCCAUUUCUCGAUGGCGUAAUCGAGCUCUUACCAUUUCAAGCUUCCAGAUAUCGCAGAGAGACAUCCUGGACAGCGUCAACCGUGUUAAGGGAUUGACAGAUGCAGACUGGCAGAUUCAGCGAGAGCCUUCCAAAGUGCGGUAUCAAAGAGGUCUGGAUCUCCUCAAGAGCGGAUAUCGACUUGGGUUUGCACUGGCUUUAUACGCCAGAAUAUUCUACCCUGAUGGUGGCGCCAAUCAUGAAGCCACAACGGCCCUCGAUAAUGAGAUUCUUGGUUUGCCCAAGGAGGAUCUUGACGAGGCGACGAGAAGAGCCAUCGGCAUGGUGGAUGCAGGAUUCAAUCAAUUGGGUGAUUAUGCAGCGAAGUAUCCUAUUGAGUCUAACAAUAGCUAG